GUGUUUUUCAUUUUAAGAUAACGUGAACAUUGCAAUUUUAUCAGAAAUGAUUUUUUUAAUUAUAACAAUAUAUAUUUUUCAAUACAUUACGUUUGGUAUCUGUGAUCCUGAUGAAUUUAGUUCAAGCUUGGUCCCUAGUAAACUUCUGAUCCACUUUAACAAGAGCCUAGUAGUGUCGCCACUUUCACUUCGACUUCCACUGUGUAAGUUUGCUUCUGUCGCGCAAGGAGACGUAAAGGUAGAAUUAUUACAAUUUUUGGGAUACAAAAACGUCAAUAUGAUAAAUUCGAGUUAUCGUAAUCUUGAUGUAUUUCUCACACACUUGAAGCGUAUAGACUUCGUAAUGGCUAACCAUAUUUAUUUAAACUAUUCUAAAGGCUAUAUAGGUACCCUAUCAAAACCUGCCUUUGGCGUGGAGGUACAGAAAGUUAGUUUUAUCUACCCCAAAGCCGCAACCAUUUAUAUUAACAAAAUGAUCGAUCGUGUAACGUUCAAGCGUCUAUCUGAUGUUUUAGUCAAGGAAGAUAUUACUAAAGAUACAUCUAUGUUACUAAUUAAUGCUGCAUACCUAACAGCAACCUGGGAAGUUCCAUUCAACAUAUUGCAUACAAAACAUAAUAUGAAAUUUCGGUGUUACAAUCAAAGUACAGUGUUCGUACCUAUGAUGUUCAAGAGCGAGGAAGUGUUAUAUGUAGACGAUGAUUUGAAUAAAAUAAAGGUGAUUAACAUGAAACUUGCCAGUCCCGGAGUAUCAAUGACGUUUGUAAUACCUGAAGACUGGAAGAGCCUUCAAGACUUUCUUCGGAAUUUAUUGAGACCCAACUACUUUAGGACUAUCAAAAAGAGGAUGCGAAUGGAAUUUCUAAACAUUGCGAUACCCAGAUUUAAGUUAAAGACCUUGGUAGAUUGGACGGAUACCUUGCAGAAGGUGGGAUUAAAAAAACUAUUUGAUAAAAAUAGUACAGGACUGAAUAACAUGUUGAUAAACGAGGCCACUAACAAUCCCCUGCAUAUAAGUAAAGUGAAACAAAAGAACUUCAUUGAAGUUAAUGAGAUGGGCGCAUAUCGGAUUAUUACCCCAGAAUCACAUUACAGUAAGAUGCCACUUCUUCGGCCAACUUUAGAAGCCAUCGCCGAUCGACCAUUUUAUUUCACUGUCACUCUUCACUGUGAUAGGUCCCACAUAAUAUUGUACUUUUUUUUAGGUUAAACUAAUCUAGCGACUUAUGUAAUGUUUUGCUACAAUAGAUCGAAAAAAAUGGUUUGAUAGAAAAAGUAAAACCAUAAAUCCUUAGGAAUCUUUUAGCAACACAAGACAAGACAAACACUAUUGUGAGCAAAUAGUUUUAGUUUUAAAGUGUUUCUAUUUAUGUAUUAAAGUUCACCACAUCAUAAAUUAUGUUAUCUA